AGAAUUAUGUAAAUAGCUUCAUUUGUGUACAAAUAAAUACGUCGUUUCACGAGUAGUUUUUGGAUAUUGGUUGUUUUUAGCCGCACUGUGAUUGAAGUCAUUAUUUGCGUGGACAAAUAGAGAUUGUGCUGACGUGAAGAUCCUUUUCUGAAGAUGUGGAGAUUUUCUGCAGUUUUAAGACGUUGCACGUCAACUUUAUCCAGCAGCAGACUUGGGGAAAAUGACAGCCUGUUCACAGUCCAUCCUGCUGUGAAAGAGGCCCUAGCUGAUCACAGGCCAGUUGUGGCUCUGGAAAGCACUAUUAUUACACAUGGAAUGCCUUACCCUCACAAUCUGAGCACAGCUAAAGAAGUAGAGGCCAUUGUAAGGGCUGAGGGUGCAAUCCCUGCUACUGUUGGAAUUCUUGAGGGCAGGAUUCAUGUGGGCCUUUCCGUAGAUGAACUGGAUUUUCUGGCACACAGUAAAAAAGCACUAAAAGUGUCCAGAAGAGACCUGCCUUAUGUCAUCAGCCAGGGUCUAUCUGGUGGCACCACUGUCUCCGGCACUAUGAUUGCGGCUCACAUGGCUGGGAUCCCUAUAUUUGUAACGGGAGGAAUUGGAGGAGUACACAGAGAUGGAGAGAACUCAAUGGAUGUGAGCGCAGACCUCACUGAACUGGGUCGAACUCCAAUUGCUGUUGUGUCUGCUGGGGUGAAAUCUAUCCUAGAUAUCGGUCGCACACUUGAGUUUUUAGAAACUCAGGGUGUGUGUGUGGCCACAUAUGGAGACUCAAAAUGCUUCCCUGCUUUCUUUUCCCAGCAAAGUGGAUUCACUUCUCCUUACCAUGUCUCUAGUCCUCAAGAAGCAGCAGAUCUUAUCGCAAGCACACUAUCUCUAGGGUUGCAGAGUGGCCUUUUGUUGGCUGUUCCCAUUCCAGAAGAACAUGCAGCCACAGGACAGCAGAUAGAAGAUGCCAUAAAUAUUUCUGUGUCUGAGGCCAGCUUAAAAGGUAUCACAGGAAGAGAUGUCACCCCUUUCAUCCUCCAGUGUGUCAGUGAAUUGACUAAAGGAAAGUCCUUACAAGCUAAUAUAGCACUAAUCCAUAAUAACGCUAAGGUGGGCAGUAAGAUAGCACGUGCCCUUUCUAAACACAAAGAAAAAAGUGGAAGCAGCUUAAGAGGUGGCACCAAGACCUUAAAGCCAAAGGGCCAGGAAAUGUACUCUAAAACCAUUGUUAUAGGUGGAAUAAAUGUGGAUUUAAUUGCUAAAGGAACAACAAAGAAAUUGGUGUUUGGUCAGACAAAUCCAGGAAGCAUGUGCCAAUCAUUUGGAGGAGUGGGCAGAAAUGUUGCUGACUGUUUGAGCCGUUUAGGACACAAACCACUCUUCAUCUCUGCCAUUGGAAAAGACUCUCAUAGCGAUGCUGUGUUAAACUAUUGUAAGCACAUGGAUAUGAGUGGAGUUGCUAGAUUACAGGAUCAAAGGACUGCAACUUACUGUGCUGUGAUAACUGAGUCUGGAGAACUGAGCCUGGGAUUGGGGGACAUGGAUAUCCAUCAGCAAAUACAAGAGCAGUAUGUUUCUCAGUUUGAGGAUCAGCUUGCAUCUGCAUCUCUUGUAGUUCUUGAUGGCAAUAUUCCGGUUUCAACCAUCGAUUAUGUAUGUGGUAUUGCCAAGAAUCAUUCAGUCCCAGUGUGGUUUGAGCCUACAGAUGCAGAUAAGGCCUGUAAGCCCUUCCUGUCAGUGAGCUGGAAAUCCCUGUCCUACACCUCCCCCAACCUGGCUGAGCUCUGUACCAUGAAUAAAACCAUAGGUCUACCCACUCCUUCAGAGCUGCCCAAAUCACUUGAAGAUGUCUCGAGUUGUGUACCAGCUCUCUCCCGCCCCCUGCUGGAGCACCUGCACUGUGUAGUGGUUACUCUUGGUUCGCUGGGUGUAGUAGUGUGUGGAGAGUAUGAGGCUGGCACUGUUAAUUUGCAACCACGAAAGCAAAAACAGAAAGGACGAUUGUGUGCACUCCAUUAUCCUGCAUUGGCUGUGAACUCUAAUGAAACAGUAAAUGUGUCCGGAGCUGGUGACAGUUUUGCAGGAGCAAUGAUGGCUGGGAUCAUGCAAAGAAGGGACACAGACAGCUGUGUACGUAUGGGUCUCCUUGCUGCCCGCAUGUCCUUGUUGUCACCUCACCCAAUAGAUCCAUCUUUGACAGCAGAUGCCAUCCAUCCAGAGAGAUUGCACUCUCAAAUGUGGUCCAAGCCUACAUGCAUGUGGAUGGAGGACUGAUGAUCAAUUGUACAGUGAGCAAUCUCACCAGCUGGUGCCUUAAAGUCACAGUGGCUUAAAUCUACAUAUAGUUACAUCCAAUUAAAUGUGGUACUUGGUGGGCUUUUACUCAAAUAUGGGUGGUUAAUUAUGUACACAUGCUUCAUGUUUGUAAAUUACUUAAAAGUUGUUUUUUGAUUCAUUGUUUAAUUUAACAGAUCUAGACCUCUGACUCUGUCACGCUCAUCUCACUUGUAGUGGCAAAGACUCUUGCAGAAGGAACUCCAAAUUCUAACUCAUAACUAUAAUAAAAAAUUUCUGUUUUUAGCAGUUUACAGUAAAACAGUUUAGGGGUUUACUGUAUUGUAUUAUGCUUGGUUUGACACCUGGCAUUUUUUAAAUGUUCCAGACCAGCUUUUGUGUGAUUAAAACAUUUGUGAACAUUUAAUUGUGAUUUUUAAUUAUGUGAAUUAAAAUGUAUUACACUGCA